AUGCCCCUCUGGACGCCUGUCCGCCGUCACUUCGCCCAUUUCGUCUCUCGACCCCUGCGGACGAUCGAGUCGCCGAAGCAACGGGCAAGGAGGAUGGCUGCUCUUCCGAACGAAUACAAGGACAGUGUCCGGAUCGCUGUCAUCGGCGGCACCGGUCUGAAGGAGCUGCCUGGCUUCACCCAGGUAGCUUCGCUCGACAUCACCACCCCCUGGGGCAAGCCCUCGUCGCCCAUCACCAUCCUCCAUCAUAAGUGCUCGACCAGCGGCAAAGAUGUCCCCGUUGCUUUCCUGAGCCGUCACGGCCUUCACCACGAAAUUGCCCCUCACGAAGUCCCGUCGCGGGCCAACAUCGCGGCCCUGCGCUCCAUCGGCGUGCGCACCAUCAUCGCCUUUUCCGCCGUUGGCAGUCUGCAGGAGCACAUCAAACCCAGAGACUUUGUCGUGCCGGACCAGGUGAUCGAUCGGACCAAGGGCAUCCGUCCGUUCACUUUCUUCGAGGGCGGCGCGGUGGCACACGUCGGCUUUGCGGAUCCGUUCGAUGAGAAGGUCGCCAAGAUCGUAAGGGCCUGUGGACACAGUCUGGAGGGCGAUGGCGUUGUGCUCCACGACCGGGGCACUCUGAUCUGCAUGGAGGGACCGCAAUUCUCGACCCGCGCGGAGAGCAACCUCUACCGCUCCUGGGGCGGCAGUGUCAUCAACAUGUCGUGCCUGCCCGAGGCGAAACUGGCCAGGGAGGCGGAAAUUGCAUACCAGAUGAUCUGCAUGUCGACGGACUACGACUGCUGGCGCGAGUCCACCGAAGACGUUACGGUCGAGAUGGUGAUGGGCAACAUGAAGGCCAACGCGGCCAACGCACGACGCUUCGUGAGCGCCGUGCUGGAUACGCUGAGCCUGGAUGCCCACGCCGACACCGUCAACGCCAAGCACCUCGAAGGCAGCGUCAAGUUCGGCCUCAGCACUCCCGUGACGCAGUGGAACCCGGAAGUCAAGAAGAAGCUGGACUGGCUGUUCCCGGGCGCUCAAAAUUGGUCCCUUUUUAAAUAUCGUCAGGAGUACGGAGUAGAUACUCAGUCCGCUAUACGGAGUACGUCUCAGGAUUGA